AUGACCUUGGAGCAAAAACAACAGCAACAAAUUGAACGACAGCUAAAAUGCUUGGCAUUUCAAAAUCCAGGACCUCUGCUGGCAGAUUUCAACCCAGAAACUCGGGAACAACAAAAGAAAGUCUGUAUGUCAAUGAUAAAUCAGGAUUGUUUUAAUACGACAAAGAAGACUGUGAAGAAAUACGACAAACACGGCCAUCUGAUUUCCAAUAAAGCAGAUUUGUGUGAUUGUCUAGAGAAGAACUGCCUGGGCUGCUUUUACCCUUGUCCUAAGUGUAAUUCAACCAAGUGUGGAGCAGAAUGUCGCUGCAACCGGAAAUGGGUAUAUGAGCAAAUUCAGGUGGAGGCUGGCCAAACCAUCCGAUUUCCAUUUCGAAACAACUAG